CGCCGAACUCCCUGUUAACCUCUCCGUCGAUCACCUCACCUGGGACUGGAAGGAGUUACCUCAGGCGUUGCAGCGAGCAGCGUAGGGCCAGGGCGAGAUCGAGCCGGUGCAGGACGGGAUAAGGAGACGGCGGCGGCGGGAGACGAGAGGAUGGGACGCGACGGCGGGGUCGUCUGGCCGGGCGCGGGUCGCAGCUGCGAGCUCUGCGGCGCGCCCGCGGCCGUGCACUGCGCAGCGGACGCGGCGUUCCUCUGCGCCGCCUGCGACGCCAAGGUGCACGGCGCCAACUUCCUCGCGUCGCGGCACCGCCGCACGCGCCUCGCCCCGGCCGCGGCGCGGUGCGGCGCCGCGUUGGAGUCGUCGUCGUCGGAGGAGGACGGGCACGCGUCCGCGGCGAGCUCCUGCGUGUCCACGGCCGACUCGGCGUCCACGGCGUCGGCCGCGCGGCGGAGGCGCGGGGGGCGAGCACGGGCUGCGACUGGGAGGACGCCGGGGCGGGGCGCGGCCGCGCGCCGCGCCGAGGCGGUGCUCGAGUGCUGGGCCAAGCGGAUGGGCCUCGCGCCGGGGGCCGCGCGCCGUCGCGCCGCGGCGGCAUGGCGCGCGCUCCGAGCCAGCGGCGCCGACGCCGUCGCCGCCCGCGUCCCGCCUCGCGUCGCCAUGGCCGCCGCGCUCUGGUGGGAGGUGGCGGCGGCGAGCGGCGGUGCCAGCCACGGCGAUGCGCUGCGGCGGCUGGAGGCGUGCGCGCACGUGCCGGUGAGGCUGGUGGUGGCGGUGGCCACGUCCCUGGCGCGCGCCCGCGCCCGCAGGCGGACCGCGGAGGAGGGCUGGGACGAGUGUGCGUGGGCCGGGCCCAAGUCCAACCCGGCACGUUCCUGAUCUCCCUUUCUUUUCUUUCUUGUGCUUGCCGAGCGAGCCACGUGUCCUCCUCCAACUCGAGCAUGACUCAUGGAUGUCUGAUGCGAAACAACAAACCUCACAAUUUGUGGACCUUGUUUGUUAUCGUUUGCCUCCGUGCUAAGCAAACCUAAAAUCUCGUGUAAUGGGGUUAUUUGAUUAGACUUGUGACUUGUGAGCUAAUUGUGGCUCAAGUGUGGUAUUUAGGUAGGGACAACGUUUGCAAAAUUGCAAUGAUUUCGCAGUGUAUGUUUUUCGAGAAGAGAUUGGGAUUUAAGUGUGUUGCAAACUUGCAAUUGACAAACUAUACAAGAUGAUGGUUUUUUCUGCUCA